AGCCCCAGAGAUCGGCACUCCAACGGAGACAAAGGCCCCAAAUCGCCUGGUCGACGCCUCGCCUCGAUCGAGAACACCAAACUUGCCGAACAGAUCGCAAGCCUCAAAGACCAAAUUGCCCAACGCAAUGUCAAGAUCGCCUACUACAAAUCUCUGCACGACGAACACAUCGCAAGCAUCCAGCACAACAUCACUCCCUACAUUCGCCGUCAACUCGAGCAUGCCGAAGCUGGCAGAGGUAUCCGCAAGGGCAGUCACUAUCAGAUGUACUUGAUGGUCAAUCUGAGGGUCAGAGUGCAGUUUCUUAGAGACAUGGCUGCUCACUGGAUGGAGGAGAAUGCAAGUGAUGAGCUGAAGAUCAAGGACUUGGAGAAGGAGAUGGGU